CAACUUCUCCGGGUGCCGGCGGAGCGAGGGGCGCGGAAGCCAGCGCCUGGGGAGGCUCGGGCGCGCUUCCUCGCCGCAGAGGCGCGCCGCCUGCCCCAGGAUCGGCACUCGCGGCCACCCGACCCCCGACGGGCUGGGGUACGUAGGGAAAGGAGGGCGCGAGGCUGCGCCGCCCAACCGGGCAGAGGGAAGCUGGAGCCCCGUGGGCCGUCAGGGAAAUCGCGGCCGGGCAGGCCAGACCCGGCGCACCAAAAGCGCUCUCCGGCUCUCCUCCGUGCUCCUGGCUCGGCGCUGGGCGUUCAAGGGGAGGGAAGGGACUCGAAGCUGCUCUGCCGCCCGGAAAGCCCACGCACGGCUUGGGCUUCACCCCCGCAGGCGACCCGCCCGAGACUCCGGAAGAAAGUUGCGCCACGCGGGGCCCAGAACGGCGGCCGCCGCGCGCCCCUGCCCGCCCCUCAGCUUACAGCUCCUGGCCGCGGCUCGUCCUCUCCGGUGUCGCCUCCCCAGCCUCGGCCCAGGCUCCAGAGCCCCUUCCCGGCCCCUCUCACUCCAGGGUGCCCGGGCCCCCGGCCCCCUCGGAGCCGAGCCCUCAGCGCGCCCGCCGCGCCAUGGGUGCCGAUGGGCGCCGCGCCCCGGGAUGCGCCGCUGAGCCUGGGGCGGCGCUACUGA